GCCUUGUUCCAGUAGUCACAUCAGAACUGGCACAUUGAAGGGGAAUGCGCGCCAUUGUUGUGUGUGGAUAAUGCUUCUAAAGAGAUUUGAAAGAUGUCAAGAUCAAUGAUAAUCACCUUUUAUACUCAACUGAUUUUGACACCAAUUCUAAUCCAGGAAUCAUUCCAGCAAAUCCAUGUGUUUGAUUGUCCAUCCGACUGGGUCAGUUCCUGGUCACAGUGCUAUAAGUUUGUCAGCUUUCCCGAAGAAGCACACGAGAAUGCGCGAGCUGCAUGCGCAUAUCACGGGGCGGCCUUGCUAAGUGUGGACAGCGGUCAAGAACAUAACUUCAUCAGUAGCACGAUACAGAGGAUGGAUCCGUACCAGCGGUCCUGGUACACAAGCGGGGUACAGAAGUCACAGGCAACAGGGACAACAACUGUGUCCUCCCAAGGCUCAUUUGUGUCUGCCCAAGGGUCAAUUCAAUCCCCAUCCGGGUCACAGGGUGAAGGGGAUGACCUCAGUUCAGGAUCCAGCUCGCAGUCUGAGUCUGAGUCUAUGAUCGGUGCCUACAAGUGGCUGGGAGAUGGGACGGUCGUGGGGUAUGACAAGCAGUUCUGGCUCCCUGGAAUAGACUUCAAACAAGGGGAGGUCAUUGUGUAUAAAUAUGGGGUGAUCGGCUAUGGAUGGAGUCUGGUUCACCCGGGGGACAAGUUGCCCUACAUCUGUGAGAUCAGUAUGGCGGAGUCCUACCGCAUCGUACACGUCGAUCGGGACUACGAUUAUGGCCUUGUAUCAUACGAUCCUAAUGAGCUGCUCCGAGGCCCAGCGUUUGUUACCCAGCCUGAAAGUUUAGUGGUGGUUGGCACGACAAUCGCGGCCACUGUUGAAUGCACAGCCACCGGAAACCCCCGACCUAAAUAUAAGUGGUUCACCGGAACAAAUUUCGAAACGGAAGUGACCCCCGAACUUAGUAGCAGGUACACAUUAACCAAUGGGAAGCUUGUUCUGGAAAAGCCAGCCGAAAACGAGGACGCUGAUCAAUACAGGUGCUCAGUAGAAAAUGAGUUCGGCAAGAUUCUGGGAAAUCCUAUCCAGAUAUCAUUUGGAAGUCUUGGGGAGUUCUCCAACGUUCCUGACGCAGCUGUCCGCGCCAAAGCUUAUGAUGGAGUAGCCAUACAGUGCAGUCGGAUCCCAUACAGGCCAGCUGUGAAAUACCAAUGGUUGAAGGGAGACACGAGAUCGUUCGUCAGACCGCAAAUGCAGCCGUACAUUUUCAUCUCAGCCAAUGGGAAGUUGUAUUUCUCAGAGGUGACAAGAAUUGAUGAAGGAGAAUACCGGUGUAUUGCUAUCUUGACGGGGCGGAACAGGCAUACCAUAGGCACCUCGCAACCGCCUACCAGAACCAGUUUGCCCAUCCCACUUCUUGUACAUGACCAAGCGGCCAAAGCUGACUGGGGACCAGAGAUCCAGAACGAUUUCAUCGCUGUGUUUCCCCAACCACCAUUGAAGGGCCAAGAAGUCAGACUCGAGUGUUUCGCCUAUGGAUCAUCAACCACACAGUUUCUGUACCAGUGGGAGAGGUCAGAUCGCCCUAUACCCCGGUCAGCCAGGGUGCUUGACCACAGUCGUGUGUUGGUGAUAGAGGACGCUAAGCUCGAGGACAGUGGCAACUACACCUGCACCGUCAGUCGGGGAACGUCGGCCAGAGACAGCAAGACCUACUACCUUGAUAUAGCUGCGAAGCCCUACUUCAUCGUUCCCCUCCAAAACCAGCACGUGGAUAUCAACUCCCAGCUGACCUGGCGCUGUGUGGCUCGCGCUAGUCCCAACCCGACCUACAUGUGGUAUAAGAACGGGGAGAUACUACAGCAGGUGCCAGGGGAUACCCUCAUCACUGGUUCCACCCUCACCAUCUUAAAGCUUCACCCAGAGAAACACAACGGCAUGUACCAGUGUUCAGCUAAAAACACUCACGGCGAAACCAUGAGUGCCGCUCAACUAAGAGUACUGUCCAUUGCACCAACGUUCCAUAAGCACCCGUUGCCUCGGUACACCAAGGGGGCGGUUCGCGGUAACGUGACCAUAAUGUGUGAGCCAGAGGGCGCUCCUCAGCCAAAGAUCUCGUGGUUUAAAAACGGCGCCGAACUUCCUGAAAAUUCAGGUCACUACCGUCUACUUCGUAAUGGCAACAUUGUGGUCACAGACCUCCAACUAUCAGAUGAAGGAACAUACAGAUGUACAGCAACCAAUGAAAUAGGGGAAGCAUCCAGUGCAACAAAACUGACUGUCAGCAGAGAAACAAGAAUCAGUACAGCCCCAACUAACACGAAGGUGCUGGUCAACACGACUGCCUUCUUCUACUGCCAAGCGUCGUUUGACCCUCACCUGGACAUGGUGUAUGUUUGGACAUUCAACGGCAGGAUGAUCGACUUUCAUGAUCAGACACACUUUAUACAGGACACUAACCCCCUGAAGACGGGUAUCUACAUCCUGAAUGUAGGCUUUAAAAACGCCGGCGAGUACAGAUGUACGGCUGAAACAACCCUUGAGGAAGACAGUAGAAUGGCCGUGCUCACUGUCAUGGGACCCCCCGGAGAGCCUGCGGGUGUGUUUGUUGAGGGAGGGAGCGUGACAAGUCACGGGGCCCAAGUACGAUGGUCGCCGGGUGCGUCACGUGGACGUCAGAUACUGUACUACGUCAUAGAAACAGCCACCAACUUUGACCCGAAAUGGAGAGAAAUAGUCCGAAAUCUGCCAGACAUCAUGACUCUUAAUGACCAAGAGUCACUACAACACAUACGGCAAGCGGACGUCGUGGGGCUCAAACCAGGAACCGGUUACAUAUUCAGAAUCAGAGCCAUAAACCAGUAUGGGAUUGGAGAUCCGAGUCUGCCAUCACCGUUCAUACAGACGCCGAGUGCCCCACCCAUCAAAUCCCCGGAUAACGUGAGGGGAGGAGGGGGAAGCGUGGGGGACCUGACCAUUGCGUGGGACCCUAUGCCCCCCGACGACCACGGCGGUUCCGGUAUCGGCUACAACAUCUACUACAGACUCAAAGACGGCAAGGAUGGACUGUGGCAAUACGGCAAGGUCGUGGGGAACCAGGAAAAGUACGUGGCUCUCGUGGGAAAUGAUUAUUAUUACCUGGAGUAUGAGGUCAAGGUUCAGGCCUUCAACGUGAAGGGUCUCGGUCCCAACUCUACCAUUGAAAUCGUGUACUCGGCGGAGGCCCUGCCGGUGGGAGUGCCGUCCAACAUCGGGGCUGACGGCUAUAACGGGACCUGCCUGGAGGUGUGGUGGGACCCUGUUCCGGACACAAGAGAGUACAUGAAAGGACGGGUCAAAGGUUAUCAGAUCAACUACUGGCCCAACGAUGAGAGUGAUCCGACUGACUGGAUGCAGUUCAUCCGGUUCCCCGGUCAGGUGAGCGAGGGGAUGGUCAUCGGUCUGGAGCAGAACGGCUGGACAUGGAUGGACGUCCAGGUAUAUAACUCGGCCGGACUCGGACCACGGAUGGAGGCGUACACACAGGAGACGUUGCAUCACGCACCACUUCUCUACCCUGAGGAGGUGAGGAUCUACUCCCACGGUGGUAACAGUGUGCGGGUAUGGUGGCGAGGUAUCAGCACCACCAUCGCCGAGGACAGCGUCACGGGAUUCAAGCUGUACUACUGGCCGGCCAGCGAGGACUACCGGUCAGCUGACAUCUUCGAGACCGAUGAAGUGGUGGACACGUGUAUCCUUGAGGGACUGGACAAAGGGGUGUUAUACGCGCUCAGAAUAGCCGGGGUCAGUCCUGGAGGCGAUGGCAAGAAAACACCAACCAAGUAUUUCACUCUGGGAGGAUCUGUCCGGAUCGACUCCACAAUGGCGUCAUCAAUGACCAUCAGAGCUGGAGCAAAGAAGUUCCGAGCAUCUGUAAUAGGUCUGCUCUUGUCGUUAUUGCUCGCACUGCAUAUACUCUGAAGACACGGAA